AUGCCGCACCGCGGCAAUGUCGACGAUCUCGCCGCGCCGCUGCUUCCCAACGCGCCGUCCUCGCCGUCCGCAUCACACGCGAUUAGCGCGCUGACCGCGGGGCGAAACGCCGCGUCGCCGUCCGCGGAGCACAUCACUGUUGCCGUCGUGCCGCCGCGCGCCGUCUACUCCACGCCCUUCGUGCAGGCCGGCGUCGUCGGCGGUAUCGCGGGCGGCGUCGUCGGCGUCGCGGCCGUCGCAGGCGCGCCCGCUCCCCCUUCAGCGCUGAUCGCCGCAGCCAGGGGCGAUCAUAGCGGCUCUGGCUUGGGGCUCGCGGCGUUGGCGGAACCGGCUGCAGGGGGAGGGGGAGGGGGAGAAAUUGCGCAAGUCGUAGGGGUCUCAAGUGCGGAUGCCGGCGGGGAUGGCGGAUCCGGCGCGGUCGUGGGGAGUGAAGCGGCGGGAGGCAGGGAGAGGGAGAUUGGCGAGGGCGAGUCAGGAACGCCGAAAGGCCCUGUGCGAAAAAACCUCUGGCGAAUUGCGGACGACGACAGCGACAGCGAUGGCGAGCACGGCAACGUGGGCGACGCGACCCCAGCGAGGGCGGGGAAAGACGCGGAUGAGCCGAUUCCCGACGGAGGGCAGCAUGCGGGUAGCAGCCGCGGCAGCAGCAGCCGGGGGCGCGCGAGGACGGAAGGGCGCGCCGUGCGGGACGCGGGUGGUGGGGGGGGGAUGGGCGACGAGCAGAAGGACGCGGGCGGGGAGGGCAGUAGGCGGGCGACGGGCGAGGUGGGGGGAAUGGGAGGGGUGGGGAGUUUGGGGGAGGUGGGGGAGAGCAACAGUGCGCGUGAGAGACGGUGGCAGGCGCUGCUGCGGUCGACAUCUUCGUACCACUACGGCCGGCAGCACAGCACCGCACUCAGCACUGACUCACCGCACUCCACCGCUCUGGCUUUGGAUGACACGAGGUUCCACAGCAUGAGGGGGGAAAGCGAGUGGGGCGAGGGGGGCGCGGAAGGGGCGAGAGGGAGCGCGGGCGGGGAGGAGGCGAGAGGCGCAGUGGGCAGCAUCAUGGGCUGGUUGUUGGCUGUUUGGCAUGGCAUUGCUUGCCUUUCCCCACCAUCACCGCCCCCCCUCAUCCCCCACCAUCACCGCCCCCCCUCAUCCCCCACCAUCACCGCCCCCCCUCAUCCCCCACCAUCACCGCCCCCCCUCAUCCCCCACCAUCACCGCCCCCCCUCAUCCCCCACCAUCACCGCCCCCCCUCAUCCCCCACCAUCACCGCCCCCCCUCAUCCCCCACCAUCACCGCCCCCCCUCAUCCCCCACCAUCACCGCCCCCCCUCAUCCCCCACCAUCACCGCCCCCCCUCAUCCCCCACCAUCUGCUUCAUGCUCAGCAGAACCUCACCACACGUACGCUGCUGCCACCAAACAACGCCCUCCUCCCUCCUCCUUCCCCUCCCCCUACCCUCCUUCCCACCCCUCCAGCCACCAUAUUCCACCUCUUCCUCGCAUCUCUCCUCCGCCUGCCCGCCUCCACCGCGGCUGUCCUCACGCGCCAGCUGGACGACGCGAGGGCGAACCCCAAGCUGGUGCUGCUGGCGCUCAAGGGCGGCGGGGCGGCGGCGCUCACGGCGUCGCUGUGUGUAAUCGACUUGGACGACCGCCUGCCGUCGCUCGCCUCCAUGGGCGUGUGGGCUGUUGUCACCGUCGACCUCGUCUUUGAAGCCAACAUCGGCCUCUCGCUCGGCAAGGGUGUGAACCGAGUGGUGGGCACGCUGCUGGCGGGGGCAGCAGCGCUGGCGGUGACGAACAUGGUGUCGCUCAUGGGGGGGCUGCACGUGGCCGUGCUGCUGCUGCUCGUCUUCCUCAGUGCUGCCCUCCCCAUCUACUACCGCAACCGCCCGCCCUUCAAAGACAGUUGCUUGCUGUGGACGUACGCCAUGACCAUAAUGAUGCUCACCUUCCACAUCCUGCUGCUCUCCACCUACCGCAACCCCGAGAAGCUGCUCCUGCCCCUGGCGCGCUUCUCCAUGAUCGUGCUGGGCUUCUUCAUCGCGGCGCUCAUCAACCUCGCCCUCUUCCCCGCCUAUGCCGGGGACACCCUGCACGCGCUGCUCUCCAAGAACUUCGACUCCGCUGCCACUCUGCUCUCCAGGUGUGUGGAGGAGUACGAGUGCGGCACGGUGUGGCGGCAAGUGCCCACGCUGUGGAGCAUGCGCACAGGGGUGGCAGCUGGGGCGGGCACGCAGGGAGGCGUGGGGGACGGCAGUGGAGGGGACAAGCUGAGGGAGAUGUACCAUGCCAUUGUCAUGAGCGAUGCUGAGGUCGACAAACACCUGGCCGCGCUGCUCUUCGAGCCGCCUCACGGCCGCUUCUUCUCGGGCUACCCAUGGCAGCUCUAUGAUGACGUCAGCGAUACCCUGCGCUGCCUGGUGUAUGACGUCAUCGCCCUGGACUCCAGUCUGAGGGCGGAGAUCCAGGCACCGCUGGUGCUGCGACGGUUGGUGGGGCGUGAGAUGACAAGCAUCGCCCAGGAGUGCAGCAGCACGCUGGCCUACCUGGCGCAGUCAGUGCGCUCGUUCACGUGGGCGGGGCCGCCUGACUCGCUGUUCCGCGCCGAGGAAGCUGCCAUGAAGCUGCAGCACCGGCUGUCGAAGCACAUCAGCCUAAUCCUCAUGCUGCCGCCCCCCUCCCUCGCCCCCCGCCCCCUCGCUCUCUCCCGCCUCUCCGAGGGUGGAGGGGGAAGUGUUGGGGGCGCUGGGGGUGCUGGGGGGGGCGAGGACGGGUUUGACAGAUUGGUGGUGCAUGGGGGGGGCGGGGGGGGUGAGGAUGGGGGAUGGGCGGAGGAUGGGGAGGGAGUGGUGAAGAGCUGCAUCGACAUGGGUGGGGAUGAGGAGGGGGAGGGCGGGGGAGAGAAGGGGAGAGGGCAAAAAAGGCUGAUGGAAUCUGCUUCGCCCAGAGUAGAGAGGCUCUCCCGCCCCGGCAGUCCUCUCUGCCACCCCCACGGCCUCUCACCCUCCCCCACCAUCGCCGCACCCGACUCGCAUGCACCACCACACACGGCAGCGACAGCAGCAGCAGGCACAGCGGCAGGAAUGGGAGCGAUGGGAGCGAUGGGUGCGCUGACACCAUCAGAGAUGUCGCUGGCGGAGGGGCUGGCGGGCUAUGCUGCUGCAUGGGGACCAGCAGGUGCCAGAGAGCAGGGCGAUGCAGCCGCAUCAGCGGGCGGCAUGGGGAGUGUGGGCGGCAUGGGGCGGAAGAAGCCGUCGCUGGCGGAGUGGCGGCAGGAGCUGCUGCAGCGGCAGGCGUCGAUGGGCGGCACGUGGGACCGAACGGUGGAGCGCAUCGCAGCGCUGUCACUCAUCAAGGUGGCGGCACUGCUGCUGGAGGUGGUGGCCAAGCUGCACUUCGUGGUGCAGCGAUCCGAGGAGCUUGCUGUUGCGGCCCGCUUCGAUGUCACGAGUCCCUCUUAG